AUGGUUUUUAAUCGAUUUCUCCUACAUUCCUUCGAGAUUUGGUUAACAACUCGGUUGCUGACCAGUCCAAUUUUUCGUCGCAUGGUGGGAAGGGUGCAUGGGAAGGUUCAACAGAUGAGACAUGGUACGCCGCCGCAAGAGAUGGGCGGCACUAAUAUAGAAAAUACCGGUUCUACCCAACAGUUUCUCAAGCACUUCAGGGAGGAGCUAAAAGACCAGUUCAAGGGGAAGAAGCCGCCAAAAAACCAGUGA